CACCGUGUUAGCCAGGCUGGUCUCUAUCUCCUGACGUCGUGAUCCGCCCGCCUUGGCCACCCAAAGUAAUGGGAUUACAGGCGUGAGCCACAGCGCCCCGACCCACACUGUAUAUAUUAAUAAGUAAUUUAUGCACCAUAUUGGAAAGUGAUAAAGUGCAACAGAGGAAAAGAAGGAGUCAUGUAAAGCAAGGAAAACAAGAUGUUUGAUCAUAACUGGUCUAGUGUUGCUAAUGAACCCCAAAUCCAGGGCAGUGUUUGACACGUUAAGCCAAACAAAAGCUGUCCUGUGGCUCAAGAAGAGCCCUUUGGCUGGCAUCACCAAAACGUAUGUUCUCCAAAGGAGUCUGACAUCUGGAGCCACUUCACAACUUGUUUGAGAACUCGAUCUGACCUGUAGGAAGAUACUGGGGCAGCGGUGGAAGACUGUUAAAGAAACCUGGGCAAAAAGAUGCAGGAGGCUGUGCUGUUGAAUGAGAGUUCAGGACCACCAAGCCGGCUGCUCUGGACCCCCCAAGAUACCCAGCUCCCUCAGAAAAGAGCUCUAUCGCCCGCUGAAUAUCCUGCCUUCACUAAAGAUGGAAGCCAAGGAAAACUGCCGCAAGCAUAUAUCACACUGAUGAACCAGGCCCAGGAUAGCAGGAGCAUAUUAUUUCAGGAAUCAGUCACAUUUGAGGAUGUAGCUGUGAACUUCACUGACAGGGAGUGGCAAUGUCUGACCUACGCUCAGAGGCAUCUCUAUAAGGAUGUGAUGUUGGAAAAUUACGGGAACAUGGUAUCAGUUGGAUUUCUAUUUCCUAAACCUCCUUUAAUCUCUCAUCUGGAGCGAGGAGUGGAGCCCUGUGUGCAGGAUCCACAAGAUAGGGAGUCCCUCAGCUGCUCCUGCCUGGUGUCAACUGGCAAGACAUGGCCUGAGAAUGAGAAGGCAAGUUCACAACAAGUGAUUUUUGAAAAUGGACAAGUCUACUGGGUGAAAUUUAACAGUCUCCUAAAAGUUGGUUCCCAGGAUCCUGAGGUUAGAGAAGCUUGUGUUCAAAAUGUCAAAUUAGAGAGUCCUUGGGAAACACCUAAACGGGAGAAACUGAGGGAAGAGAAAGAAGGCUCAGAGGAAGGGACCUCCAAAAAACAAAAGAACCAGAAGGUACUUAGAAAAAGCUUGAAUCCAAACUCAAUGCAUAGUCCAUGUAAUAGAGUUCUUACAGCACAGAAACUCCAUAAAUAUGCCAGUUGUGGCAAAAACUUCAGUUGGCACUCAGAUCUCAUUCUCCAUGAGCAAAUUCAUUCUGGUGAGAAACCCCAUGUGUGUAAUGAAUGUGGGAAAGCAUUCAAGACCAGAAGUCAGCUUUCUAUGCACCAGAUAAUCCACACAGGGGAGAAACCUUUUAACUGCACCCAGUGUAGGAAGGCUUUCAACAGUAGAUCAGCUCUUUGCCGACAUAAAACAACCCACAGUCGGGAGAAGCCUCACGAGUGCAGGGACUGUGGGAAGGCCUUCAAGACCAGGAACCGUCUCUGUAUGCAUCAGCUCAUCCACACUGGGGAGAAGCCUUACGAAUGUAACUGCUGUGGGAAGGCCUUCCAGUUUAAGUAUUCCCUUACCAUCCAUGGCAGAAUCCAUACUGGAGAGAAGCCAUAUGAAUGUGACAAGUGUGGGAAGGCCUUCAGCGGGAGUUCAGACCUCACCAAACACAUAAGAAUCCACACUGGGGAACGACCUUAUGAAUGCAGCAAGUGUGGAAGGGCCUUCAGUCGGAGCUCAGACCUAAGCAAACAUAAACGAAUCCAUACGCGAAAGAAACAUUAUGGGUGCCCCCAGUGUGGAAAAGACUUCAGCAUCAAGGCAGAACUCACCAAACACAGGAGGAUCCACCCUGAAGAGAAGCGUUACAGGUGUGAGGGGUGUGGGAAAGCCUUUCAUCAUAACUGUAAGCGCAGGGCUCACGAACGAGGGCACACUGGGGAGAAACCCUAUCAAUGUGGGGAUUGUGGGAAAACCUUCCAAGAUCGGCACUGCCUUACCGUCCAUCAGAGAAUCCACACUGGAGAGAAACCUUACAAAUGUGUAGUGUGUGGCAAAGCUUUCAAUGGGAAGUCAAACUUGACCAAUCAUCAAAGAAUUCACACUGGAGAGAAGCCUCACAAAUGUGAGGUGUGUGGAAUGGCCUUCCAUCAUAGUUCAGUCCUGAGGCAGCACAAAAGAAUCCACACUGGUGAGAAGCCAUACACCUGCAGUGAGUGUGGCACGUCCUUCCGUCAGGGCUCAGCUCUGAUUGGACAUAAGCGAGUUCAUACUGGGGAGAAACCUUAUGAAUGUGAGGAGUGUGGAAAAGCUUUUAGAGUGAGCUCAAAUCUUACUGGACAUAAGAAAAGAAAACAUCAAGUGUGGAGAGCCCAUGAACUUGAUGAGAGUAGGAAAUCCCUCUCUCCAGUAACUGUUUCUCGGACCUCAGUAGUCAGUAUUUUGACCACUGCCUGAGUAUAACGUUGCUGGUGUUACUUUCUGUUUCUCCUACCUAAGAGCCUGGUCCUUCUGUCUCCUAUAUUCCUGAUUUCCUGAUCCUUAAUUGUGAGAUUCUCCAAAGACAUUGUCCUUUACCUUCCUAUUCAGUAUGUAUUUUUUCAGUGAGCACAUUUACUUCCAGGAGUUUGUCAAUCACUUCAUAGUAAUAAUAAACACUUAUUAGUGCUU